AACCAUAAGUCAGGUAUCCAUCUAUCUAUUACUUGGUAGACGUUUUGACCAGUCCCACUACUGCCGGCUGGUCCUCUCCCCGCAUGCGUUACUUGUACCUCGCAUCGGCUAAAGUCCUCCGUAGCAGAUACCCAAGAUUUUCAUAUUGCGAUGUUUAUCCCGUUUCCAGUAGUAUCUCGCUUGUGCACCAUUUGCGGGGUAGUUAGAGCCAAUGCGAAUUUAACAUGCUUCAGUUGCCUUUAGUUGGAUCGCCCUGGCUCGUGCAAAGACGCUGACCUCGCUCCAUGUCGUUCUCACUUCCUCUGAACUUCAUCGAAAACCUGUGGUGACUCUGGGCGCCAUCGAUUCCCGGGAAACCAGGCCGAUAUCGUCAAAAAGGCCAGCGACAUCCCUCCGAGCAUGGUUUCGAUGAAGUCGUUGCGGUAUAUUUUCGGCGCAGCCCUUGCAACGGGCGCGCUGCUCCAUCCUGCUGUCGUCAACGCAACCCCAACAGGAUUUCGAAGCACAACAAGAUCGGUGCUGGUGGAAGACGCAGCUCCGGCCUGUUCGAACGGCGCCACCAUUGAAGAUCUAUGGUUGGUCACACAGGUGAACGUUACGAACUCGAAUGACGCCCUGGUGGAACCUGGGAGUGCGUCCUGGACGAUUACCAACACGUUCACCAACGUUACUGAGCGCCUCACUUGUAGCUUGCUGGCCGGCUACAGAUGUGAAAUGGAUGGUACACCGGAAGACGAUAGCUUUCACAUAUGGCUACAAAUCAAUCUGAAUGUGGCAUCAUUCACAUUUAACCAGACUCUUCCUUGCGGAAGCGAGGCGGCCUCAGAAACUGCGUAUGCCAUCGGAGGGGUAGAACUCUAUCUGACGUGUGGCGAGGGAAACCUAUCCUGUCAUGAUGAAGAUGAUGACGGCGGAUAUGCGAAUGGACGGGUAACUGUGGUACCUGCGGAGGCCUUAUCGUAUGUGUAAUGGUACACAGUCCUUGUUUGGUAUAAUUUAGUACGGAAUUCUUUCCGUUUUGAAGCCCUCGACCAUUGAAAUGAAUCCCGAGUACCCUCACAUCAUAUUAUAC